UCUCACUCACAUCUGGCAACGGUCGCCGCAAAAUGGCAAAAAAAUAAUACAUACGAUUUAAAACUAAUGGACAAUUACGUAUUACGUGAAAAGAACGCAACGCAAGUAAUCAAAACCCAAUUGCCAAUCAGCCCAGUUGGCGCGUGUGCGUGUGUGCGUAGCUGCAGCGAAAAUCCGUGGGAAAAGUGAUUCAAACGGGUUUCAGAAUCGGAACCGAGCGGAGCACUUGGGGGCCCUCAUCUCACCCGAUACCAUUUUCCAUCUACACUUGCGAAAAGCGACAGCGCGCGAGAGAGACGGCGCGAGUGAGCGGAGAGGGAGAGCGGUGAGAGUUGCGUUGCGAGUGCCAGCGAGUGCGAGCGAGAGCGCCGACAAGCCAGCGCAACAUAGCGAAAAUCGCAACCAAAUCGAAAUUCAAGCAAAUCGAAGAUUCUGGCGAACAAAGACGACUGCCAGCCGCCCACUAGCGACAACAACAACGCUCUCUUUUUGUUUUCGUUCCGUGUUUCGGCCAGCGGCGCUGAGUAAGCGCCAGAAAGAGUGCAAAAAAAAAAAAUAAGCGAAGGCGAGAAGAAAGAAGCCCAAGGAGCAACGAACUGUGUUUGCGGUGUGUGCUCUGCGUGCGAAAGGCCCACCAGAAAAACUGAAACAAGGCGAUCCCAGCUUGUAAUCCUCGUUCUCACCCCGAGCAACAGCCACAUCCUAGCCCAUCCUCCAGCGCAGCGGGAAGAAGAGGAGCGCGGCGGCGGCGUGAAGGAAGCUAACGCUAAUGAGGAUCUAUUGGCAGCAUGAGUACACUGGGGGGAAGUAGGGGAGAGCGAAAUGCCAAGCCCAAAUUCACAGCGUUGGAUAUAAAUCGCAUGUACAAGAAUAGCCGCGGCGAGUCGAGUGAACCAUCUGCACAAAAGAAUCAAGUGCCACGUAAACAUGGAAUGCAAAUCUUGGGCAAAGUGCCGUCCGCUAGGCGACCACCAGCCAAUCUGCCAUCCCUGAAGGCCGAGACCCAUACCAGCAGCAACAACAAUCUCCUAGUCUCAGUCGAAGGAGCCACAUCUGGAGGAGCGGGCGCAGGCGGAGCAGCGGGACAAGGAGCGGCGGGAACCAACACUAGCCACAACAACACCACUGCCCACAGCGGAAGUUCGGGAGCGGGAGGCGGAGCGGGAGGAGGAGGAGCAGGAGCUGCCUCGUCAUCUGCUGGAGGCCAUCAUAGCCAGCAGCAGGCUCACAGCCAGCACAACAACAACAUUGCCGGAAAGUUCAUCAACAGCAACAGCAACAACAGCAGCAGCAGCGGCGGCAGCGGCAGCAGCAACAAUAAUAAAAACUAUAAAUUAAUCAACAACUCCGUGGGCAGCUCCUCCGGCGGAGGAGGAGCAGGUGGAUCCAGCGGCGGUUCGUCAGGAUUAGGAGGAUCAGGAGGCGGAUCAGGUUCCGCAACAGGCGGACACUCGAUCAACUCGCCCAAGACAUGGUCUGCCAUCACCACAGGACACGAACGCGGCUCAGGCGGCGGUCAGCACUUUGGCCGCCAGCAGCAGCAGCAGCAGGUUGUGCCCCACUACCAGAGUCCGCAGUUCCAGUACGAGUUUCCCACGCUGGACGGCACAGUUGGCAGCGGCGCAGGCGGCGGUGGAUCGGGAACUGGUCUGGGAAGCGGCGGUGGAGCGGGCAAGGGCCAUUAUCAGAGCCAGACCAAUCACCACCAGCAUCAGCAGCAGCAGCAGCAUCACCAGCAGCAUCAACAGCACCACCAGCAGCACCAUCGCGACUACCACCAUGGCCACGGAAGGCAGUAUGGACACCACUCGCAUCGCGACUACAGAGAUGGCAGCGACGACGUCGGCGGCGGUGGCUCCGCAGAGCUUGGCGAGCUCAGCCUUCGUCCGCAGAACGACACGGCCGCCUGGCUGCAUCAGCAGGAGAAGGCGGCCAAGGUGGCGGCGGCGGCGGCGGCAGCGGACCAGGGAAUCAACCUACAGGGCCCGGGCCACCAUCAGAUGGGCGGAGGAGGAAAUGGAGGCGGCGCCGGAGGUGGAGGUGGAGGUUCGGGCGGAGCUGUGCCCCUGCCCAUUCUCUCACUGAUGCCCUCGUUCAUGCGCAGCGGUGCUCCGUUGCCCUCCGGAGCCUCUGGAGCGACGGCUGCGAGCAUUCUGGCCGGCGGUUCCCUGGAUUCGUCGACUCUACCCAGCGCUCCCUAUCAGAAUGGCAUCCUGGGAGCUCGUUCCGCCUCGCCAGCGGUGGUGGGCAGCGGCUUUCGCACGGCCACUGUCCUUCCCAAACGACCAGCGGCCUCCUCGUCGCCACCGCAAUCCGGACUGGGCCUGGGAGGAUCGCCCACUCCGUCGCAAUCCCAGCAGCAGCAGCAGCAGCAGGCCAACGGCGGCGGAGGCGGUCGCAAGGAUAAGGACUAUGUGGUGGAGCCGGAGGUGGCCCAAAUGCAGCGUCCCAUCAUCCGCGAGGAGGAUUUAGAGCGCCUGAACGCCAUCGCCAAGGACGAUAGCUGGACCAAGCAGGACGACAUUGACUAUACGAAGAAGCUAACAUUCUCGGACGACGAGUCCACGCCGGAGGAGCACCAGCAGGGGCAGGCCAAGCAGCAGCAGGGAUCGAACGAUCAGCGCAAGCUGUCCAGCAGUUGGCAGCGCGGCAAGGAGAGCACUGAGCAGCCAGCGGAAGUUAAUCAGCAGGAGCAGCAGCAGCAGAAUCAAGAGAUUCGCCAGCAGAACGGUCAUCGUGGCAGCUCUGGCAAUGUGGGAGCGCCGGUGGCCGGCGGAAUUGCCCUGGAUGCCAGCGUUUAUGAGCGCGUGAAGCAGCGCAAGGAGGAGGAGGAGCGUCGCGAGAUGGAACGCAAGCAGGCGGCGGCCAAGAAGCUGCAGGAACUCGAGAUGAAGAUGAACAGCAAGAAGGCGGCGGCAGCUGCUUUGGCGGGCGAAGGAUCGGCAUCUGCAUCGCUGGCAUCCAAUGAAGUACCACCACCCCCUUCCUCCGCACCACUGGGCAAUGUGAGCGAAGAUGAGGGCGGCGGACUGCACCGCAGACCAAGGGGAAGCAUCUCCAGUCUAAGCAGCAACGUGGCUCCAGCGGGAGGAGCUGUAUCUUCAUCCUCAUCCGCAGGCGGCGACUACGGUCAGAAGACCUUCCUCACCCAUUUCCAAUCGAAUCUGCCGCCCCGCUUCCAGCGACAGCAGCAGCAGCAACAGCAGCAGCUGCCGCGUUUGGAGAAGAGCGCUUCGGCGAGCAGCGCCUUCGAUAGCAACUCGCGUUACCUGCAAAAGGGUGGGGUGAGCGGAGGAUCCGGCGCCAGUGGAGGAGGAGGAGCCCAGGCGAACGCAGGUCGCAGCAUUUCCGGCGGCUAUGGAACGCAAAGAGGUGCCAGCGUGGGAGGAAGUGGAGGAUAUGGACGCAACCGGCACGACAGCAGCAGUGCUCGCGAGGAGCAGCAGGAACUGGAGCAGCAGCAGCAGCAGCAGCGCUUCACCCGCGGACAGCAGGACUACCGACAGGCGCAGGCGCUGCCGCGCAGCAUAUCGGAGAAUUCGCACCGCAAGACGAGCGUCUCGUCGGCUGGAGAUGAUGUGCUGGGCGGCAGUGGCUCCUGCUCCUCGUGGGCCGAGCAAACGGAUGCCGAGCAGAAGGUGCACCACCGGCACCGCGAGGAGAGCUUCUCCUCGAGCCACAGCCACGACUCGGCGGUGCAGAUAAAGAUCCUCCAGCGGCCGACGCGCCAGCCCAGUCUCAGCGAGGAGUCCUCGAUGCCGCAGAAGCAGCUGCCCGCCUCGCCGCAGCAGCAAAAGACGGCGGCAGAGCCCCCCAUGCCCACGCAGAUUCUGCGACGCAGCGUGGAGAUUGAAAAGUCGGUUGAGGAAAGGCAAACGGAUGAUAAGUCGGGCUUAGAAUCAUCAGAGGAUAAAUCAAAGGCAGCUGGUAAGCUAGAGGAGGACAAGUCCGGUAAUAAGCGACCGAGUCCCAGGAGCGGAGCAGCCUGCGGUGGACGGGGAGGAGGUCGCAGCUACAGUGGAGGAUCGGCUGUAGGAUCGGGAAGUAGUUACCGAGGACAGCGAAGCUCCAGCGACUGGGGAAGCAAUCGUGGAAGCGGCGGCGGAGGAAGACGCUACUACGGCAGCGGUGGAGAGCAAUCAGAGCACUCUGAAGACGUCGAUGAGGAUUGCUACAGCAGUGGAGGCGGCGGAGGAGGAGCAGCAGGAGCAGCGCGUCGCAGUCCCAAGGAAACUGCAGCCAAUUCCGGUGGUCAAGCUGCGGUAAACAAGGCGGGCUUCUCGCCACGCGGCGAACCUUCGCGACGAGGACGCGGUGGCCUCUCCAGCGGAGGAGGAGGUGGCGCAGGAGGAUCCUCUUCCAACUAUCGUCGCCAACCCGUGGGCACCGGUGGCUCCGGCUCCGGAUCAGGUCGCAGUUAUGGUCGCCUCGGCUACGAGGAGUACGGCAAGCAGCGCACCUCCGAAUCGGAGGCGGACCUGGACAAGACCAAGCAGAACCAGCUGGCACUCAGCGCUGGACUGCACAAACCCAGCGGCAGCAGCAAGGAUGACAACAACAAGGAUUCUCAGCCGGCGCUGAGCGGCGAGGAGACGAAGGACAAGACUGCCCCGCUGGCACCGGCAGCAGAUGAGUUGCAGAAGGAGGCAGCGGGUCGCCUGCCACCUGGUCUCUCGCCAGUGGGCUCCACAUCGCCUGGAUCGGCGGCGGAGAAGAAGAAGGCGGGUGAAGGAUCCUCUUGUGCCGCUGUAGGUGGUGAAAAGAAGCUGCCCGCCAUCGGGGAGAAGACCUCGCUGGGCGCCGUGGGCUCUGGACCCUCCACCAAUCUCCUGCUAGACGCCGGUGCACCCGUCAACACGAUCAUCUUCGAGAACUCCACGUACAAGCAGCAGGCGGCGGCCGCUGCCGUGGUUCCCAAGCCCAGCGCCACCCUGACCACCGUGGACAGCCUGUCGAGUGCCCUCUCCCAGAUGAGUUUCGGGGGCAAGGCGACGGCGACGGGAGCAGGUGAGGAUCCGCAGGAAAUGAAACUGGGCUUCACCUUUGGCGAUGAUCCCACUGCUCCUUUGAAAGUGGUGGAUUCGAUUGAGAAGACGGCCAGCCAACAGCAGCAACAGCAGCAGCAACACUCGCAACAGCAACAGCAGCAGCAAAACAAUUCGACGGCGGAUCUCAACAUGAAGAUAGCCAGCGUGAAGAAGGUCUGGGAGUCGGCCACGCCCAUGUCGGAGCAGCAGCAGCAACAGCAGCAGCAGUCGCAGGUGCAGCAGCCGCAACAGCAGCAGCAACAGCAGCAGCAACAACAGCAACAGCAACAACAGCAGGUUGUGGGUCAGCAGCAGCAGGCGGGCGACGAUGGCAGUGGCCACAUGAGUGCCGCCUCCUUUGUGGCCGCCGUGGCCGCCUCGCAGCACCAGCAGCAGCACCAGCAGAUGCCCCACUACGCGGUGUCGGCGGUGCACAUGCAGCAGAGCCACCACCACCAGCAGCAGCAGCAGCAGCAGGCGGCGGCAGCGGUGGCGGCAGCGCAGGCGCAGCACCACCAGCAGCAGCAGGCGCAGCAUCACCAGCAGCACCACGCACUCUCCUCGCCGGGACCGGUGCCCGGUAAUCAUGGCCAUGGCUACGGACAUGGAUCGCCGUUCGACGCGGGUUCGUUGGAGCAGCAGUUCCAGCAGGAGGACUACCCCAGUCCCCAGCAGCAGCAGCAGCAACAGCAGGCGCAUCAGAAAACGAAGCAGCUGCAGCAACAGCAGCAUUUGGGCAUGUCUCCGCCGCCCAGUCAGCAGCAGCAGCAGCAGCAGCAACACUCGCAACAGCAACAGCAGGCGCACCAGCAACAGCAACCCCACCAACAGCCCUCUUUCUACCAGGCCUCACCACAGUUCGGAGUGGGCGGCAUUCCCACGAUCCCCAGCCCGCCGGCGGUGGUGUUCAACUCGUCGCAGAUGCCCCCGCCGCCGUCGCAGGGCGGCAAUCUGUACGCUCCAUUCCAUUCGCUCGAUCAUUCGAGCCGUUCGCCCGCCUACUCGGCGGCAGCGGCGGCCGCCCACAGCUUCCCGAAUCAUUAUGCGGCAGCAGCGGCGGCGGCGGCAGCGGCAGCCGCGGGCGGCGGUCCCUUCAACGUGAACGUAAAUGCCUACGCCACGCCCACACCGGACAUGUACUCCAAUCUCUCCUCGCAGUUUCGCCUGGGCGGCGGUCCGGGUCCCGGUCCCGGGCCCUUCGGGCAGCCCAGCUCGCAGCAGUUGAGCCAGGCGAGCAACCACGCCGCCGUGGCCAUCAUCUCGUCCAGCAGCAACUCCAUGAUGUCCUCGGGAGCGGCCAAGCCGCCGCCCAGCCAGCAGCAAAUCGGGGCCAUAGGCUCCAAGUCGGCGGGUAGUGGAGGAGGAGGUCCAGGUGGACCAGGAGGACCCGGUCCCGGUCCCUAUGCCACCACCCAGCAGUACAUGAAUCUUUAUGCGGGCCCACCGCCGCCACAGCAUCCGGGGCAGGGCGGUCCGCCGCCCGGAGCCCAUCAGCUGCAGUCGAACAGCUACUACUCGAAUUCGGCGCCCGGCGGACCGAGCGGACCGCAGUUCUAUGGCGGACCGCCGCCGCCGCCGCAGGGAAAUGGCGGGGCGCAGAGCUAUGGCCUGUAUGGCGGCCAUCAGGGCGGACCGCCCGGAUCAAAUGGACCGCCGGGACCGCCGCAGUCGCAGCACACAAUGGGCACCUUUAAUACGCAGUUUAUGAACUCGCAGCUGCUCACGGCAGCGAGCAUUAAUCAGUACCGCGGCGGACCGACGCCCGGAGCGGCCUAUCUGAAGGGCAGCCAGGCGCAGGCGCACAUGCAGGAUUCGAUGGGACGUCAGCUGAAGAGUCCUUUGAGCGCUGACAUGAGUCUCGGUUUGGCCAAGCAGGUGCAGUCGCAGCCCAGUCCCCCGCACCACAAGAACUACGGAGCGUGGGACCUGCAGAACCAGGUGCUGCAGCAGCAGCAGCAAUCUCAGCAGCAACAGCAGCAGCAGCAACAGCGACAGGGCGGCGGCGGCGGCAACGGGCCGAACAUGAACGCCCUGGGCGGCCGUGGCAGCGGUGCUGUGGGCAGCGUGGGCAGCGGCAACGGCGGCGGAGGCGGUGGCUCCCAGGUGGGCGGCAAUGGCGGUGGCAACGGCGUCGGCAGCGUGGGCCAAAGCGGAGGCGGCGGCCAGGGACGCUAUCCCACGCCCAUUCAGCGACCCAACAAUUACCCGCAGCAUCCGCAGCAACAGCAGCAGCAACAACAGCAACAGCAGCAGCAACAGCAGAGGGAACAGGCGGCAGCAGUGGCGGCGGCAGCUCAGCGGGCCCAGAAUAUGCGCCAGGUGACCGGAGGCGGCGGGGGCGUGGCCGGAAGUGCCGGCGGCGGUGGCAGCAACACACCUGUUGGUCCGCCCGGCGGCAAUAAUGGAGGAAAUCCAGGUCCAGGCGGAGCGGGCGGCGGCGGAGGAGCGGGCGGAGCGGCGGGCUCGGGUCCGGGAAAGCCCUACUAUGCGAAUAAUGCCUCCGGAGCCGGCGGAGCGGGCAACCGGGGUGAGUGGCAUGCGAACUGAGCGCCAGGUGGUCACCCAGAAGAGCCCCGCAAGGAAAACACAGCGAUGGAAAAGAAUAGCGGAGGAGGAGAAGCAGCAGGAGGAUCAGCAGGAGAGGAGUAGCCCAUCCAAACCGAGAACAUAACACGUAAAAAUCAGAGAAAGUCAGAAAGUCAGCAAGGAGUUAAACUAGAAAAGUGGAAUAUAAACAAGCAAAGCAGCCUAGACAAAACAGCAUCCAAUCUUCAAGAGGAGAUCGGGUUAAUGUGAUGUGAUGUGAGUAGGCAAGUGAGCUAUUGGGGGAUUCCCCGUCACAACCGAAAAAAAAUGGCAUAAUGGCAACUCAGCUAAAUCAGCGAAAUCAGAAGAAAGUAAUCGCAAAUCGAAAAGUGAAAGUGAGGAGACGAAAGGUUCAACAGGAAACGAGUAAGGAAUACCUAAAUUGCAAGAAGAAAUAUUUAAAAAAGAAACACACCACACCACACCACAUACCACCACACACACACACACAUGCAUACAUUUACAUAUACAUACAUACAUACAAAAUAGCAGAGUGUAUUUUUUGUCAAACAAAUUUACAUAAUAAUAUAUUACUUUUAUAUACUUAUGAUUUUUUGUAGUAGAUUCUUUUCUCCUUUAAACAAAACAAAAACAAGAAAAAAAACAAAACAAAACAAACAAAAAACAAAAUGAACCUUUGGCACUGCGUAUGCUUUAAUUUCUUUAUAUAUACAUAUUGUUUAAUUUUUUUGCAACCAACAAAAAAUCAACUAAUAAUUCUAAUUUAUGAUUAUGCUACAAUAUACAUUAUAUAUACCAUCUAUCUAUCUA